AUGAAAUUCAGUGAUGGCAUGUGGCUGCCCAUCGAGGGCAAGAGGACAGAAUAUGCAGAGGAUGUCUACACUAUCACGCAGAGGCCAGACGGCCGGGCGUUGUCUUUACUAUGCCCUACGAAACAUAUCCGGUCGAGAGGGGAUACCCUGAACCUGCCCACUGUGACACUGGAUAUCGAAGCUGUUUUCGACGGCGUCAUUUCUGUUCGGACGACCCACUGGUCUGGAGCUGCUAAUAGAGGGCCUCACUUUGACCUUUUUCCCGCCGGAAAGUCUGUAGUUGAUGCCAAGAUUUCUGUAUCAGAUAAAGGCACAACAAUUUCGUCAGGUUCUCUUAGUGCCACCAUUCACCCUGACCAACACACAUUCGAUAUCCGUUUUCAUGCAACGGAUGGAUCCAAGCAGCUCACUUCACUGUUGAAUCGUAGCGUUGGGUUUGCUUAUGGUCCAGCCCCCAGCAGCCCGCUCCAACUUGAUGAUAUGAGAAAUUUCGAUCAUUACAUAUUUACACAGACGACGCUGAGUGUGGGGGAAACUGUACACGGACUUGGUGAACGUUUCGGCGCCUUCAAUAAGGUGGGCCAGAGCGUCAAUCUAUGGAAUGCAGACGGCGGUACAUCGUCGGACCAGGCUUACAAGAACAUAUCUUUUUGGCUGAGUAGCCGCGGCUAUGGAGUAUUUAUCGAUACACCAGAUCAAGUCGAGCUUGAAAUUGGCAGCGAACGGUCAUGCCGUGUACAGACAAGCGUGAAAGGGCAACGUCUCAAAUGGUACUUGAUUUAUGGACCCUCGCCAAAAGAAGUUCUUUAUAAAUAUACGACUUUGACGGGCAGGGCUGGCCGAGUUCCAAGCUGGAGUUUUGGCCUGUGGCUUUCAACGUCAUUUACAACGAACUAUGACGAGAAGACUGUCAGCUCGUUUCUAGAGGGCAUGAAGAGCCGUGAUAUUCCGGUUGAAGUCUUCCAUUAUGACUGCUUCUGGUUAAAAGCAUUUCAUUGGUGUGAUUUCGUAUUUGACAAGGAGGUGUUUCCAGACCCCGAAGGCAUGAUAAGUCGAAUUAAAGCCAGUGGACUUGUUAAAAAGGUCUGCGUUUGGACUAAUCCUUAUCUUGGUCAAGCUUCGCCUGCUUUUAAGAUGGCGGCAGAGAAAGGCUAUCUACUGAAACGAAGAAAUGGCGACAUCUGGCAGACUGAUCUUUGGCAAGCUGGAAUGGGCCUUGUUGACUUUACAAACCCUGAAGCUACCAAAUGGUUUGCCGGCUGCAUGGAGCAACUCUUUAACACCGGUGUUGAUUCCAUCAAAACAGAUUUUGGAGAGAGAAUUCCGACAGGCGAUGUCGAAUGGUAUGAUAAAAACGUGGACCCGUCAAAAAUGCACAAUUACUAUUCGUUCAUAUACAACAAAGUUGUAUAUGAGGCUUUACAAAAAAGAUAUGGCGAGAACGAAGCGGUUCUCUUUGCACGAUCUUCAACCGCCGGCUCACAACGAUUCCCGUUGCAGUGGGGUGGUGACUGCGAGUCAACUCCCGAGGCAAUGGCAGAAUCGCUUCGCGGAGGCCUAUCGCUUGGCCUAUGUGGCUUUUCUUUUUGGAGCGUGGAUAUCGGUGGUUUUGAAGGCUACCCACCUCCCUGGAUAUACAAACGAUGGGUCGCUUUUGGGUUGUUAACAUCUCACAGCCGUCUUCAUGGCAGUAAUAGUUACCGUGUCCCAUGGACAAUUGAUAACGACGAUCAAGGAGAACAGAGCUGUUCAAAAACACUAGCAAGGUGGACCGCUCUAAAGGCCCGCCUCAUGCCCUACUUCUACACACAGGCCGUAGAAGCCAUUGCCGGGGGCCUUCCGCUCAGUGUUCGCGCCAUGUGCCUGGAAUUUCCAGAAGACCCAACCUCUUGGUAUUUGGAUCGCCAAUUUAUGAUUGGAUCCAAACUGCUGGUAGCUCCAAUAUUUGAAGAAUCGGGAGAGGCAGAAUUCUAUUUACCUGAGGGACGGUGGACGAACUUCUUUACAGGCGAAGUAAAAUUGGGGCCUAGGUGGGUGAAGGAAACUCAUGACUUUGACACGCUACCUUUCUACGUGCGCGAAAAUACUGUCUUAGUCUUGGGUAAGGAAGGCGAAAGACGGACAGUAUAUGACUACAUCAAGGAAGUUGAGGUUCGUUUAUAUCAUGUUAGUGCCGGAGCCAUGGCGAAUCUCGUAGACAGUGACGGUAACUCAAAGGGUAUUUUGGAAGUGGAUUCGAGUAAUAACCUUAUUGGCCAGGAUCUUCUUCACAGUGGAACAAAUGUUGUGGUAAUAUCGAAAUAA